CCAUUAAACUAUGUAAAAUAAAUGACAAUCGUGUGCCUAUUUAGAAAGACUGUUUAACAUUAUAGUGAGAUGAUAAACAAUAGUGUAUAAAACGAGACUGUGUUCAGUGUUAUUACCGCUUGACCAUACUAUUUGACCUUCAGGUUUUGAAAUAAAGUUUAUUUAAGACUGAUACAAAAGGAGUAAUUAAAAUGAAUACCGGAACCGCAAAAGCAAUAGCUAUGCUAUCGCUAGGCCUCGGAAGUUUCAUAAUUGGAAUGAUCCCAACUUGUUUCUCGGAACGAACGAGGCAACGACAUCCCUUAAUUUUAUCCUGUCUUCUGUGUUUUGGAGCAGGUGUGUUACUGUCUACUUCUUUAGUCCAUAUGUUGCCAGAAGCUAGAGAAAAGUUGCCAAGUUACACCGAACUUUUUCUUUGUGUCGGUUUCUUACUUGUUUAUCUAGUUGACGAGGUUGUGCAUUUCUUCUAUGGCGGUGGUGAAGGACAUCAUCAUGGACCUACAAGAAGUAGACGAGUGUCAGUAGCAUAUGGAAGUGUGGAAGAAACUAAUUUAGUCCCGAGUCAGAGUGUUAGAGAAGGUGACAGAUGUUGUGGAGAUGCAGACAAUCCAAGAAUGUGCCAUGUUAGUCAUACGGAACCCUGCAAUAAGAGUUCUUCCGGUAUUGUUGGGUUGUUAUGUGCAUUGUUCGUUCAUAGUUUUUUGGAAGGACUCGCUAUUGGUUUGCAGGAGAGUGCAGCACAGGUCCUCCUCCUGCUCGGCGCGGUGGCAUCGCACAAAUUCGUGGUCGCUUUUUGCCUAGGCGCAGAAUUGUGUGCAAGCACAGGCACUUUAUGCGCGAAUCUGGUCAGUGUGGUGCUAUUCGCCGGCGGGUCUGUCGCUGGCAUCGGCACAGGUGCAGGUCUGGAGAGCGUCAGUGCCAUACAGGAUUCGCCUGCUGUGUGCAUUAUGCAGGCCCUCGCCGCGGGAACUCUUCUCUACGUGACUGUAAGUGAGGUAUUGCCCCGGGAGCGCGCGCGCUGGCACGAACGCAAGCGUAGUGCGGGUAUCUCUCAGUUCCUGUCGGUGUGCAUUGGAUUCGCUAUAAUGUACUUGAGUACAAAGUUUCUUGAUCAUGACGCCAACUAGUUCACUGGACAAACACAAAUUAUAUUUUAAAUCAAAGCACAUGAGAAAUGAAUAGACCUGUACAGGCCAUAAUAAACAAAAUAUUACCGUAUUCCAGCUGGUAAUCAAACCAUCACAAACAAAUCUAACAACGUGACAAUGAAUGUUUUCAUAAGUUUAAUUUGUUUUACCAUCGAUGUUUGUUACAUAACAGUUUGUGUAUGGCAAUGUUUAUUUAGUUGAAUGAAGUACAUUUCUAUAUUUUAAGUACAUAAUGUUAAUUAGGAAAGUCCACACGUGACACACUGAAUAUUGUCGAUCGACAGAUAUUAAGUGUAAAAAAAAUGACAUUUAAUUUACAAUUGUUAAUUGUACCAGUAUUCUAUGACGAAUUGAACAUUAAGUAUUGCUUACUAUUCAAAUUUAGUACAUAUUGGUGUGAAUGUGAAAUUUUG